AUGGGCCGACUCCCGCAAUUCAAUGAUGUCUCCGUAGCGGCCCGCGUCCAGACAGAGCGGCUGCGCUUCAUCGCCAGCAUUAAAGACGCCGACGUUCUGCGCCUGGCGACGUCGCAGCACUCGUCGAAACAUCCUUGCACAUUCUUUCGGCCUGCGAUUCAUGGCAGCUAUAAUGUAUGCUAUUUUGUCAAGUUCCCAACAACGGGUGAGAGGUGGACGGUCCGGAUACCGAUCCGCCCGUGUCUGGCUCAUGGCGGCCGCUCCAAGCUGGCCUCGGAAGUGACGACUAUGAACUUCUUGAAGGCACAUGCAGAUAUCCCGAUACCGACCAUCCGCGCCCAUAGCCUAGACGGCACAAACAGUCCCCUCUCGAGAUACCUAAUACUGGACUACAUGGAGGGUACUCAAUUGAGCUCCGUUAACAUACAGUUGCUCGACAAGGAAAAGAGGAACCAAUUAUAUCUGUCGCUGGCGAAGAUUCUUGUUCAACUCCGAAGACUCACAUUCCCGUCCUUUGGCAGACUAUAUCUCGCGGGCGGCGACGAGCUCCGUGUCGCCAACGAGAUCGUGACCAAGGACAUUAAUAUACAAGAACUGGAAGACCUUGAUCCUCGGCGCAUACAACGGCAAUGCUACGGCGAGCGUGAUUUCUUACCGACCGCCUCUCAUUACAUGGAGACGCUCAUGCGCACGGCAUACAACGCCUUCUUCAAAGGCGCCGACAGCGUCGACCCAGACAUGAUCGACAGCAGCCUUUACCACCUGGAUCUCUUUCGGCAGCACGCCGCCUUGUGGGCCGACCCCAAGAUCUCCCCCGUCCAGUUCGUCCUCAGCCACGGUGACCUCUCCCCCGAAAACAUCCUCGUCGACGAGCAGACCAUGGCCGUCACGGCCGUCCUGGACUGGGGAUGGAGCCGGGUCGUGCCAGUGCAGCUGCUCACGCCGCCGCUGUGGCUGGGAGGCGCCGACGACGUCGCGUUGCUCGCCUGGCGGCACGCGUACGACGGCUACGUCGCGCGGGACCUGGGCGACUUCCUGGCCGUCGUCCGGGCGGAGGAGCGCCGCAAGUACCGGAGCAGCGUGCUGGCGGACCAGUGGGACCGGGGCAGGCACGAUGGCGGGUUCCUGAUCGCGCACGCGCUGGAGAGCUGGCGCGACAUGGACGCGGUGGCGUUUCGGUACCUGAACAUGCGGCACUACGGCGGCACGGCGGACCUGGAGGCCCGCGUGGCACGGUUUUUGGAGGACGAUCCGCUGCGCGGGCUGGUGGUAGACAUGAAGGCGCGGCAGGCCAGAAGAGGAGAGGAGGAGGGUGUUGAGGAGGGGGAGGGGGGGAGGCACGAGGGAGGGAGAACAAUGUCGGUGGGGAGUAGGGCUGUGAGCAAGUUGUGGCCGAGCCGGUCGGCACUUCAAGGGAGCAUGAUGAUCAUCACCACGGGCGUGGGCUACGGGCUCUGGCGCCUGGCUCUUGCUUCGGCUCGGCGGCCACCAAGGAUAUAG